AUGACACCCUCACAGUCUGAUAGCGUUGCCAUGGAAACGCAUCAUACUAGCGCGUACUCGGCCACGGAUGAUAGCAAUGAUAGCUUCGCUUCUGCUCAGGAGCAGCCCAUGGCGGUAAGUGCGUCCCGGUAUUAUACAAGCGGGCUGGAUACCGGGACCAGCUUGGCACACACGGACUCUGAACGAGAUAUUGAGGAUGCGGCGAUGUUGCUGCUGAAUGCGUCGCAUAUACAGAAGAGUGAGAGCACGGAAAACGGAGGUAGGGGUGGGGCCAAGACACCCGUGAAUGGAAAUGGGGCGACGCCGUCACAACAGACAAUUAACCAGGAACCCGAGCAGACCCAGGCGAGUGCCGGUACACAGGUGAACCAGGCCACACAGCCGGCCCAGAAAAGGGGGCACAAACCGGUACACAUACGCCAACGGGUGAGUUUAAGUAAACGGUCGAUCAGCUCGAUGGCUCCAGCAUACUCGCCCUAUGCCGCUGCCCACGCUAACAGACAGACUACCACGAGCCCAGGCGCAGGGGCACAGGCAACCCCGACAGCACCGGACAACGGGCAAUUUGUGGGUGUACCACGGGAUGGGAAGGGGGAUGGGGUACACACACACUCACUUAACACAACACCCCAACAUCAGCCACAACAGCAACAGCAGCAACAACGACAACAACAACAACAGCAGCAACAGCAGCACCAGCAGCCGGGAUCAGUUCAGCAGACACAGGUAGCACCACCCGCCCCCACACAAAGUGAUACACAGCCGCACACCCAGGCGAGUUCGAGUCCACUAACCACGGCAAACGCCUCGGGAGACCCUGCGGCAACCCAGCCCCCAAAUACACCCCUCUCUGGCACAGCAAAGGCCCAGGCCGAGACGAUCCAGACACAACCACGAACGUAUGGCUUACACCCACACGUACUCGCGCAGGCGUUUGCACAGAAGCCGUAUGCACACAAACACAUGCGCGCUCCAGUGCCAGGUAUGCUGGCAAUGGGCGCACCCCCCCCACACACGCAGGCGGCAUCUGCUGCGGCUGCGAAAGCCAAAG